AUGGGCCGGGGAGGAAUUGCACACGCCAACUGCUCCUGGCAGUGGAGGACUUCCCGUCGAUCUGGAACCCUUGAUUUGGAAGGAAGGCUAAAUCUAGGAUCCCAGACCGACGGGAAGUCCUCCAGUGAUUCGAUGCCGUCCAAUCUUGCCCGACAGUCUAAGAGUACUACUGGAGAGCUCAACUUGUUCCUGCCAAUGAUCUAUACCAGCCCCAGACAUCGCACACAGAAGACCGGAAAUCUGUCAACACUGCUUCCACCAUUUACGAUGCGAUUGACCGUGGCACUACUUCUGCUACUCGCCACCCCGAUUACCCUGUUGGAGAUCAAGCUACGGACGACGAAUUGGGCCCAGAUUCUGACAGCUAGCUGUGGAUCGGAGAGUGGCCAAUCUGCCCGGCCAACCAACGUUCUAUAUUCAUCAAAAUGUGACGCUACUGUUGGGGAGGAAGUUGUUUAA